AUGGCAAUUGUUUUGAGAUUUGUUGAUAAAGAUGGUUUUAUACAAGAACAUUUCUUUGAUAUAGUUCAUGUUAAAUAUACACCGGCAUUGACUCUAAAUAAUGGAAUAUCUGAUGUUCUCUCUCGUCAUUGCCUUGAUAUUCAAAAUAUUCGUGAACAAGGAUAUGAUGUGCUUCAUGUAAAUGUCGUGAUCAACUACAAGUUGUUCAUGCAACACAAAUUGCACAUUUGGAAGCUAUUGUGCUUGAAGAUGUUGGAAGAGAAUGAGGAAAUCGUGGGCAUUACUGAUGUUCUUUGUCAAGUUUUGCAGCAAAAAUCUCAAGACAUUUUGAAUGCUAUUAAUUCAGUUUCUAUUGCAAAAAAACUUAUCCAAAAGUUGAGAGAUGAUGGUUGUGAUGAUUUGCUUGAGAACAUUGUCUCUUUCUCCAAGAAAGCUAAAAUUGACAUUCCGGAUUUGAGUGCUUGUUAUAUUGAAGGUCAAGGUCGUAGUCAAAAGAAUCACAUUACAUUGGAGCAUCAUUAUCAUUUUGACAUAUUCAAUACUAUUAUCGACUUUCAAUUGCAAGAGCUUGAUAAUAGGUUUAGUGAAAAGGCGUUGGAACUUUUGAUACUUAGCUCUGCUUUGAAUCCAAAAUAUGCUUAUAAAUCCUUUAAAAUUGACGAUAUAUGUAUCCUUGCGGAGAAGUAUCAUCCUCUUGAUUUUUCUGAGCAGGACAAAAUUAAUUUGAGAUAUCAGUUGAGGUAUUUUGAACUUGAUGUGCUUACUGACCCGACAUUACAAAAUUUGUCUUUCAUUGCAGAAUUAUGCCAAGGGUUGGCAAAGGCGAAAAAAUCAAAGACAUGA